UACUCGGCCGGCCUCCCGGGGGAUGGGCCACCAGGAGCCCCCGCCGGCCCGAGCGCCCGCCGGAGGUGCGACUUAUAUAAAGAGGUUAUGUAAAGGGCUCAGCUGGCGCCAGCACGUGGAGAGCCCCGGGAGCCCGGACGCCGGCUGCUCCCCGGCUCGCGCCGCGGUGGGCUCCGUUGCACGCCGGGUCCGCGCCACGGCCGCUCGCGCCGCUGGGUACGGAAGGCCCGCCUGGCCGGGAGCCGACCAUCCCCAGCCGGGGGCUUCGGGGCGGAAACGACCAGCCCGGAGGUGGAGGGGCGCCGUGCAGGGUCCCGCUUCUCAGCGCCUCGGGGCCGGACGGAGGGAUGAGGCAGGGGGGGCCCGGGCAGCGCCGUUGCUGCUCCCCCCGCCGCCCGCAGCCAUGGAAACGGGGGAAGAGGACGGCGCCCGCAGAGGUACACAAAGCCCCGAGCGGAAAAGGCGAAGCCCAGUGCCGCGGGCGCCCAGCGCGAAGCUGAGGCCGGCGGCGGCGGCCCAGGCUAUGGAUCCGGCGGCGUCCGAGGCCCCCAGCGAGGCCUACCUGGCGCGGCGGCGGCCGGAGGGCGGCGGGGGCUCGGCGCGGCCGCGCUACAGCCUGUUGGCGGAGAUCGGGCGCGGCAGCUACGGCGUGGUGUACGAGGCGGUGGCCGGGCGCAGCGGGGCCCGGGUGGCGGUCAAGAAGAUCCGCUGCGACGCCCCCGAGAACGUGGAGCUGGCGCUGGCGGAAUUCUGGGCCCUGACCAGCCUCAAGCGGCGCCACCAGAACGUCGUGCAGUUUGAGGAGUGUGUCCUGCAGCGCAACGGGCUGGCCCAGCGCAUGAGCCACGGCAACAAGAGCUCACAGCUGUACCUGCGCCUGGUGGAGACCUCGCUCAAAGGAGAAAGGAUCCUGGGUUAUGCUGAGGAGCCCUGCUAUCUCUGGUUUGUCAUGGAGUUCUGUGAAGGUGGAGACCUGAAUCAGUAUGUCCUGUCUCGGAGGCCGGACCCAGCCACCAACAAAAGCUUCAUGCUACAGCUCACGAGCGCCAUUGCCUUUCUGCACAAAAACCACAUCGUGCACAGGGACCUAAAGCCAGAUAACAUCCUCAUCACGGAGCGGUCUGGCACCCCCAUCCUCAAGGUGGCAGACUUUGGACUAAGCAAGGUCUGUGCUGGCUUGGCCCACCGAGGCAAAGAGGGCAAUCAAGACAACAAAAAUGUGAAUGUGAAUAAAUACUGGCUGUCCUCAGCCUGCGGCUCAGACUUCUAUAUGGCCCCCGAAGUCUGGGAGGGACACUACACAGCUAAGGCUGACAUCUUUGCCCUGGGCAUUAUCAUCUGGGCAAUGAUAGAAAGAAUCACUUUUAUUGACUCUGAGACCAAGAAGGAGCUCCUGGGGACUUAUAUUAAACAGGGGACUGAGAUCGUCCCUGUUGGUGAGGCGCUGCUAGAAAACCCAAAGAUGGAGUUGCACAUCCCCCAGAAACGCAGGACUUCUAUGUCUGAGGGGAUCAAGCAGCUCUUGAAAGAUAUGUUAGCUGCUAACCCACAGGAUCGGCCUGAUGCCUUUGAACUUGAAACCAGAAUGGACCAGGUCACAUGUGCUGCUUAAAAUACAGGGCAAAGCAUCUUGGGUGUUUUUUAAACUAGGUUGAUCCUCGGGACCCACAGUCUCAUCAUGUCUCGCACAGGACAGCAGAGGGUACAGGUGGUGGCUGGCCGGUUGGUGAUCUCCCAGACAGCUGGAUCUCCAGCAAUGUGAAGCUUUUGUUUGCGCUCCCCUCCCCCUUUCGUUUUACUUGAUUUUCAAAGUUUUGUUGUCUUUCUCUCCCUCCUCCCACCUCCCCAAUUUAAAUGAUUAAGACAGAAGAGCAGGACACUAUGCUGUGGACAGGCACCAGUUUCUUUAAAAAAAAAAAAAAAUUCAGUACGGACAAAAACCUAUGUAUAAAUUUCAUGUUUAAUUUGUAUAAGCAGUUAGGGAACUAUUUUUAUUUUGUUUUUGUCCUUUAUGUACCCUGUUUGUCUUUUACCGCCUCUCAGUUCUACUUAUUACACCUCACUUCCCCAGAGAAGGCCUGCCUCUCUCUGGGGAAUUUGGGGAUUUCUCUGGAAUGGCAGGGUGGGGUGGGGGGCAUGACAUAAAGAGGCCUCCCUGCCAUCUCCUGGCAGAUGCAAGGACUGCUGAACUCUGAGCUUCCAGCCCACUGGGCCAUGGGAAUGAUCAAAGUUGAAGAAACACCUGGAAGAGAUAAAUGGGAGUUUUCUGGGAGACCUCAAGAAGGGAGGUCCCCAAGCUGUGGUCUUUUAGAAGUCCCAGGCCACACCAGGAGUAGUGGGAGCCAGCUCUUCUGCCCUUUACAACAGGAGCUCUUUUGUGUGUGUGGGAGGAGGGGAUCGAGGGGCAGAACGUAACCAUCUCCCACUGGCUGGUACUUUCAUGCCAUUCCAACUCUACAGAUCUACUCUUUUAUUAGUCAUCUUCUCAGAUGAAGAUACCUGCCGGUAGGGUGGGGAAGAAGAUACAACUAUUGUGCCAAGCACCUGCCUAGUCUUCAUCAAACAGCUGUCAUUCCUGUGAGGUCCUCGCCCUAUCACCUUCUGCCUCCAGGACCAUCGCCUGCCCAGAUGUGCCCACCAAGCAUCCAGGUCACAGAUCCAGUUGUGACCAUUGCCAUAAGAACAGGGUGGUGUCCUGAACCAGCUGCCACCAUUGCUUCCUCGAAGUGAAAGGUGUGCCCUCUGUGCUGCGCCCCCAUGGUGUCACAUCACAUGGUGACAUAGUGUCAAGCGCCAUCUCUCUCCCCCUCCCAGGAAUUACUGUGGAGUGCCCACCCCUUAGUGUAAAAAUAUCUGGUGGGGAGAAAUGGAUCUACUGAGAGGGAGGUGACUGACUGAACCUGUUGUGGGUUUGUCACCUUAACAUUUCUCCAGUCAUGACUGCUACAUCCCCUCCCUCUCUGUCUGUCUGUAUGGCCGUUCUCCUCAGCUGUCGCUCUUCUGGCCUCCCUCUUCAUAGGCUCUGGACCUGGAUCUCCUCCCCCCUCAUCUGGAAGCUAUUUUAGCUAAGGAUUUUCAUAUCUUAUGAAAAGGUCUUUGAGAAAGAGAAAGGAAUUCUUUUGUGUUUAUUUCUGUUUUCUGUUUAUUUUUAGAAACCAGCAUAGAAUCUAUAGGGGAGGUAGCUGGAAUAUUUAAGUUGGUGUGUGACCAACGUUGGGGGCUUUGUCCCAAAGCCAGCCAGCCUCACAGCCCAGAGAGUUCAGAGACACCAGCACACAUUAAGCCAAAUUUGCCAGGAUGUUUGUCCACAUUCUUUCACCCUUUCUCAAGCCCCUCAGAUAGCAGUGCUUCUUGCUCCUCCUGGGUAGACAGACAGUUGGCUGGCAGCCCGUCCUCCCCCUCUUGAUAGGAAUCCAUGGUGACCACCUGUCUCUUGUUUCUUCAGCAGCCCCCCCCCCCCCCGUGUACUGUGAGCUACAGCUGGGAGUGUGGCAUCCCCUAAUUGUAGUGUGCUCUCUCUCCUCAGCCCCCCACUUUGCCUUCCCGUGGGGGCAACUAUGUCUCUCUCUGUACAGGUGGGAAAAACAGUCCCUAAACUCAGCACCCCCAACUCUCCCUGGCUGCAACUCAUGCUCUAAAGUCCCCAGGGCUUGAUGCCUAACAAGCUCUUUACCUUUUUGCCUGUCUUUCAUCCUGCCCUUCCAAGUCUCUUGGCUCUCUGUCUGGGUAGGGUCCUGGAGCUGCCCCAUAGCCCUUGAUUAUUUUUCUUGGCAUACGUGUCCCCUGUAGAUCAUAAGCAGUUUGUACCUUUUGGUGGAAGUUGGCAUCCUAGAGGGGCUUGUAGCCAACUUUCAUGUGUGUCCUUAAUCUGCCAGGCCCCCAACCUGUACUAGCACACCUAGGGCCAUCUCAGUCGCUCCAGACGCCCCUCCCAGCCCCGCCUUCCCCUCCCCUGCUGUCUCCACUCUGUCCACCUAAAGAGAUGCUGUCAGAGCUCUACUCUUAGGGUUAGCUUAGGCUUCCCGUCUCUCAGAGCUAUUGUCCACCUUGUCUGCCAGCUUCCUUGCUUCCUGCCUUUCCACCUGCCUAUUGACUGUAACAUCUCAAUGCCACCAAGUUUGUCAAACUUGUCCAGGUCCGAGUUUCCAAACCUCAGAACAGUAGUCCAGUCAGUUAGUUACUCUCUUUUCGAAUCUGUGAAAAGAAUAGCCUAUGGAGGGAAGUUCUGAGCCUCAGUCCUUAUGGAUCUGAGCUUGAUUUUCCCCUCUUCAAGAGGAAUCAACAAGACAGAUCAUAGUGCCUUAUUCCAUUGCUCUUCCCUGACCAGACCUCCUGGCUCAGUUGGAAGUAUGUGACUUCUUUUUCCCGUCUCUGCCCAUCUGUCACUUAAGCCCUACCCCCACUCAGAUAGCCAUGUGGGAAGGAUUAAUCCCCUACUGUACCCCCAUCCUUUCCUGAGGGCUGGGCACAUGUCUCCCCAAUCCACCCCCAGGGCACUCACUAGCAGCUCUUGCCAGGACAGAAAAAUCGCGUGUCAGACACAGCCACACCCUUGCUCAUUACUGCCCAGCAGGUCCUCUGCCCCUUACCCCUAUCCUGGAGGAUGCCACAGUCUGCUCUCUGAAGACUGGCUCCAUCUGACCCCUCUGGGCACCAUGGACUAAGGCCAGAGGCCUUAGCUUAUUCUCAUCCCAGAGGUGCUAGGACAGGAAAAUGGGAUUCUUUCCUCUUGUUCAGACAUGGUUUGCCCCAUGGCUGCUUUUCUGAGGGAGUGUACUGAAAUGUUUACGUUAGAAAUACCCUGUUUACAGCUAGAGGAGAAGCGUGCCCAGCACCGGGAAGAGAUUGGACUUCUGGACAGGGCCUGCCUCCUUUAUGAUACUGCCGGGGCGGCCCCAGAGCAAAUGAAGGCAGUGGCCCCAGAGGCAGGGGCUCCUGGCCUGCUCUCUCUGUUCCUGAUCCUGCGGUGCUAAGACCACUCACUACCUUCCUCGCAGCCUUCUUGUCCUUGGACAUUCCCAGCCUCUCAUUCCCUUUCCCUGGGAGUCUCUGCUCCUUAACAUAUCACUUGUCUCUGGAAAAAAAACAAAAAAAAAACAGUGGAGCAAUAAUAAUUUUUUUCUUUUUUCUUUUUUGCUCGUCUUUUCCUAAGAAAAGGAAAAGAACUGGCAUUGUGGGAGUCUUCCUGUUUAUGCUGUUGGUGGUUUACCUUUCUAGUGGGAUGAAUGUCUGCUUCAGCCUUGGGGUACUUUUGGAAACAAACGUAGAAAAGCAGGAGUCGGGCUUCCUGUUGGGGGGGUGGGGAAGCACCCUGCCCUGACUUUGUUCCGUCUGACCUGGGCUUCCAGCCCUGCCCACCACAUGCUCAUAUGCUUCCAUCCCCUCCACACCCCCCCAGUCUGGGGACAUUUGACUCCACUCUAAACGUAGCUCUUGGGUUAGUCCCCUCCAUCUGAACACCAUAUGCGUGUGCCCCCUCCCCCUAGCUCCAUCUCCCUUCCAAGGCUGACCUGGUGGCCCCCAGGCAGACAGCUGCUGGAGUCUCAGACUUGGUGGCCUGAGUGAGAAGAGCCGAGCUUGCUCUUUUCUGGCCACCAGGCUUGGGGCUGUAGCCCAGAGACACUCCUCCCACAUGGGGUGGAGACGUGGCCUUCGGGACUAUGCAGGCCCUCUGCUCUUGCCUCAGGAGGACAGGCAGGGGGCUCAGAGGGAAACCAGGAGGUGUGCAAAAGGAUAAGCUGAUGGCAGCAUCUACAGCCAUCAAGGUGACUGCUCACUGCAAGUGGUUGCCCCAAGUCCCUCAACACUGCAGGAGUUAACAAAAGAAGCCCCCAGAUUUGUUUUUCAUGAGAAGCCACAGGGAGAAAGGGGGCUUGUUUAGGGACAUAAUAUAUUUUGUGCUACAGGGGGCCUCUUCCCUUCAGAUCAAGGGAAGACUGAUGAUUUUCACAUCAAUAUGGGGCCAGUUUGGUUAUGAGGAAGGUCUAACCCAGGCACAAAGUUAGUUUUAGAUACUAGGAUACUGUUUCUUUUUUCCUUUUUUUUUUUUUUUUCUCUUUUUGCACAGAAGCUGGUAAUCUAGGACCUACGUGUGAACAACUUUAUAUGAAUAUUUUUUUUGUACUUGGUUUACUUAGGUUGGUAUGAUACAUGCUAUUUAAGUUCUUUGAACACUGUGGAUCCCCCUAAUGUGUAUGAAUGACUGAGGCUCUGUAAAUUAAGGGACGUCUGUGUGAAUAAAGUUAUUUGAUGGGAUCGAAGAAGCCAUA